GUUGUCUGUCGGCUCCUGGGUCGUGGUCCACAACCUCGUUGCAACUCCCUCCCUGAACGGUGCGCAUGGUGUGGUGGACGAGUUCCAAGCGGAGAAGGGAAGGUACGUCGUCGAGUUUGCGAACGGAAGCCGGAAGCUCAUCCACGGGAAGAACUUGAAGCCCAGCCAGAUGAAUCCUCUGAAGACAGGGGACCUGGCCAAAAUCAGUGGCCUCACCAAUGCCACAGCCCUGAACGGCCGCGUCUGCAGAGUGCAGGCGCCAAUGGGCGCCGAUCGGUACGAUGUGAAGCUUCCGGACGGAACAGUGAAAGCCAUCAAGGGCUCCAACUUGUCUGUGCUCCCGUCUCCUGGCACAGCCGUGACCUCCUCCAACCUCGUCGAGGGAGCGAUGGUGCAGCGCGGCCCAAGCUGGAUCUGGGAGGACCAGGAUGGCGGCAAGCAUUGCUUGGGUCGUGUCCUCCAGUUCAACACGGAGACAGGCUGGGCCACAGUACAGUGGAGCAGUGGGAUGAGAAACUGUUACCGGAUCGGCGUGAACAGCAAGAACGAUUUGCAGCAUGCAGACCCCUUCAAGCACGAGGCUUCCUAUCUCGAGGCUCUGAAGAAAGGCAAGGAGGCCAUCAAGAAGUGCCACCUCCAACUUAGUUUCGCGUAUUCUUGCGGCGUGAAGGACUCGCAUGUCGAGUUCUUCGAUGUCAGAGACGAGGUUUGCGAGGCUUUCGGUGGCCACAAGCAUGGCCAAAGAGUUCAAGUGGGAGGCAUGCAGGCGGUGAUGAUUGGCGUCGCGCUGUUGGACGACGAUCUAGAUAUCAUUUCGCCUUUCUACCACGUGGAUGGCGUGGAUGGUGCAGGCAUCUUUGACGACCAGGAGCUUUUCAAGAAAGUGAAGGUCAUCGGACGGCAGAAGGUCAGGGAGGCAAAACCGUGGCAUGUCUUUGCCGACAACCGAGAGCUGCUCGAGGUUGCAAAGGAGGUCAACCCCACCUUCCAGUAUGCCCUGGCGCCAAGGUCAUUGAAGCACGGACGGUUAGAGCGGUAUGACAUCCGAGACGAGAUUUGCAUGAGGGUUGGAGGCUUCAAGCAUGGCCAGGUUGUGAAGGAAGGGGACAUGAAAUCCGUUGUCAUCGGUGUUAUGCUCGUGAAGGGUGUUCCUACUCUGUUCUUUCAUGUGGAUGGACAGCCUGGUGCAGGGAAAUUCGGUGAUUUCCACAAGAAGUUCGAUUUGGCUUUUGCUGCCCAGGUUGGGUCCCGAACUGUGCAGGAGGCACCCGACGACUUCUUCAAAAGCCCGGCACCGUCUGCAGAGCUUCGGGACCUGUCCACAACAUUGCAGUGUACCUUUGGCUAUCCAUGCGGUCCGAUAUUCCCACUAUUUGCAAAAUUUGACAUCCGGGAUCACGUCUGCGAAGCUGUCGGCGGGUUCAGGCAUGGCCAGAAGGUGCUUGACCAUGACGGCGACUGUGCUGUGGUAGUAGGGGUCAGGCUGGAUGAUGAUGUGCCCGCCCUGUUCUUCCACUUGGAUGGGUCGCCGGGAGCUGGCAAAUACGAGAGGUAUCACCUUGCCGAGUUCAAAGUGAUCGGUUCAGCAGUGUUGCAGGAGGUACCCCCUUCCGAUCCUGUGUUCCAGCAUGCUAAGUCUCAAAGGGGUGGCAUGAAAAAGCUGCUGCAUCAGUUCCUCUCGUCUCUUGAAAGUCACGCUGACCAGUCUACGCGUGAGUUCGACCCUGACUUCGAGUAUGACUACACCUUCCGCUACCUUCAAAAGUCCUUGGAUCCGGCGUAUUUCGACAUCAGGGACGAGGUGUGUGAGGGGGUGGGUGGCUUCAAGCACGGUGACGUCGUCAAUCUCGUUGGUAUGGACCGAAAAGCUGUGGUCAUCGGAGUGCGUCCCGACCGGCGCGGCACGCCUCAUCUCUGGAUGCAUGUGGAGGGAUCACUCGGCGCUGGGAUUUUCGAGGAACAGGAUUUCAUUCGGCGGACAGGUUCCGUUGUCGGCAGGCAAGAGGUCAAAGAGUUUGAGGAUCUCGAACCACGAGCCUUUAGCCCUGAGUUCGUGCAGGGCAUCCAGCCGACGUUUCGCUACCCGGAAGGUACCAAAGGGCGUGCCAAGCUUGAAUUAUUUGACGUGCGUGACGAGGUUUGCUUGCAUGUGAGUGGCUGUCGGCAUGGAGAGAAGGUCAAGUUCGGAGAAGUAAAGGCUGUUGCAAUUGGAGUGAAGCUGGAGGGCAUGGUGCCGACGAUGUUCUUCCAUGUGCUAAAGCCGGUCGCUUCGCCUGGUGCAGGGAUCUUUGAGAACUUCGAUCUCAUGAAACCACACGUCAAGAGCUUGGGGAUCGAUACUAUAGAGGAGGUGACGGAGGAGGAAUGGUUGUUUGCAGACCAGCCGGUCGGAUUUUAUCCCACGUGGCUGCCUGCAAGCAACGCUCCAGCAGACAAGUUUUUGUCUUCUCCGGCUGCCACCGAGCUGCACAGGCGAGCAGUGCUCCCGUCUGCUGCGGCCGGUCCUGCAGGUUCUGCAAGCACGAGCACGACUGUCGAUGCCCUCGGAUAUCGCUAUGGCCGCACGGGUGCACCCGUGGUGGUGCUGCUGGGUGGCGUCGGCGUGGGCAAGAGCUUGCUGGCCACAGCCCUCGCCGGGUUGCAGCAGACGAACCAAGUCUUUAAGGUCGGCGACAGCGCCGAGGCCGUGACAUUGCAGGCGACGUGCCACCGUUCACGCUGGUUCGGCCGUGCCAGCGAAGAAGAAGUGGUCUUGGUGGACCCGCCGGGUGUGGGCGACGGCGAGCAAGAUGCCACGAGGCUGGCGCAGGUGGUGCGGAUGCUCCGUGACUUUGGCUACGUGAACCUCUUUGUCGUGGUCCUUAAUGCGGAGCAGCCGCGCAUCGGCAGCAUCCUGGAGAAUCUGCUCCGUCUCAUGGAAGAGUGCUUCGGCAAGCGCUUCUGGCGGCAUGUCGUCUUGGCCUUCACGCGCUACUAUACGGAUCCCCGGUCCGCCCGCCGCCGCGGCAACAAGACACGGGACAUGAUGCGUGAGGAGUUCAGCGCGCUGCUGGCGGCCCAGUUCCCCCACUCCCUGGAGGAGCGCCUCCCGCGUGGCGAGCCCUUCCCCAGCUACUUCGUGGACUCGGAGGCCGCGGUGAACCCCGAGCUGCCUGAAGCCGAGAGGACUGCCGCAUUUCUCGAGCUGGAGCGGCUCUCUGUUCUGGCCCGAUCCAGCGCGAAGCUGCCCACGCAUUCUGGCAGCGACGGCAGUGCACCGCCCAGCAGCUUCCGCAGCUCGUCCCCUGCGCGGGAGCCAGACUCCGCCUGCGAGAUGGAUGUCCCGGACGAUGCCUUCACACAGUUGUCUGUCGGCUCCUGGGUCGUGGUCCACAACCUCGUUGCAACUCCCUCCCUGAACGGUGCGCAUGGUGUGGUGGACGAGUUCCAAGCGGAGAAGGGAAGGUACAUCGUCGAGUUUGCGAACGGAAGCCGGAAGCUCAUCCACGGGAAGAACUUGAAGCCCAGCCAGGAGCUCGACUCCCAGAAGAUGAAUCCUCUGAAGACAGGGGACCUGGCCAAAAUCAGUGGCCUCACCAAUGCCACAGCCCUGAACGGCCGAGUCUGCAGAGUGCAGGCGCCAAAAGGCGCCGAUCGGUACGACGUGAAGCUUCCGGACGGAGCUGUGAAAGCCAUCAAGGGCUCCAACUUGACGGUGCUUCCGUCUCCUGGUGCAGCCGCGACCUCCUCUAACAUCUUCGAGGGAGCGAUGGUGCAGCGUGGCCCGAGUUGGAUCUGGGAGGAUCAGGACGGCGGCAAACAUUGCUUGGGUCGUGUCCUCCAGUUCAACACGGAGACAGGCUGGGCCACAGUACAGUGGAGCAGUGGGAUGAGAAACUGUUACCGGAUCGGCGUGAACAGCAAGAACGAUUUGGAGCAUGCAGACCCCUUCACGCACGAGGCGUCCUAUCUCGAGGCUUUGAAGAAAGGCAAGGAGGCCAUCAAGAAGUGCCACCUCCAACGUAGUUUCGCAUAUCCCUGCGGCGUGAAGCACUCGCAUGUUGAGUUCUUCGAUAUCAGAGACGAGGUUUGCGAGGCCUUCGGUGGUCACAAGCACGGCCAACGAGUUCAAGUGGGAGGCAUGCAGGCGGUGAUGAUUGGCGUCGCGCUGUCGGACGACGAUCUAGAUAUCAUUUCGCCUUUCUACCACGUGGAUGGCGCGGAUGGUGCAGGCAUCUUUGACGACCAGGAGCUUUUCAAGAAAGUGAAGGUCAUCGGACGGCAGAAGGUCAGGGAGGCAAAGCCGUGGCAUGUCAUUGCUGACAACCGAGAGCUGCUCGAGGUUGCAAAGGAGGUCACCCCCACCUUCCAGUAUGUCAUGGCGCCGAACUCUUUGAUGCAUGGCCAUUUGGAGCGGUAUGACAUCCGGGACGAAAUUUGUCAGAGGGUUGGAGGCUUCAAGCAUGGCCAGGUUGUGAAGGAAGGGGACAGGAAAUCCGUUGUCAUCGGCGUGCGGCUCGUGAAUGGUGUUCCGACUCUGUUCUUUCAUGUGGAUGGAAAGCCUGGCGCAGGGAAAUUCGGUGAUUUCCACAAGAAGAACUUCACGGUUGUUGGGUCCCGCAUGGUGGAAGAGGCGCCCGACGAGUUCUUUCAAACUCCGGCACCGUCUGCAGACAUUCGGGACCUGGCCACAACGUUGCAGUGUACCUUUGGCUAUCCGUGCGGGGCGAUGUUCCCACUAUUUGCAAAAUUUGACAUCCGCGAUCACGUCUGCGAAGCCGUCGGAGGGUUCAGGCAUGGCCAGAAGGUGAGAGAUCAUGACGGCAAGUGUGCUGUGGUGGUAGGGGUCAGGCUGCAUGAUGAUGUACCCUGCCUGUUCUUCCACUUGGAUGGGUCGCCGGGAGCUGGCAUGUACGACAGGUAUCACCUUGUUCGGCACCAGUUCAAAGUGGUCGGUUCAGCAGCCGUGCAGGAGGUAUCUGCUUCAGAUCCUCUGUUCCGGCAUGCUGGUAGAUCCAAAAAGAGUGUACUGAAAAAGAUGGCGGACGAGGUCCGCUCGGCCCUUGCAAGUCACGCUGGGGAGCUGAAGCGUGAGCUCGACCCGGAUUUCGAGUAUGACUACACCUUCCGCUACCUGCAGAAGUCCUUGGAUCCGGCGUAUUUCGACAUCAGGGACGAAGUGUGUGAGGGGGUGGGUGGCUUCAAGCACGGUGAUGUCGUCCAUCUGCGUGGUAUGGACUGCCAAGCUGUGGUCAUCGGAGUCCGCCCGGACCACCUCGGCACGCCUCAUCUCUGGAUGCACGUUGAGGGAGCGCCCGGUGCUGGGAUUUUCAAGGAACAGGAUUUCAUUCGGCGGACAGGUUCCGUUGUCGGCAGGCAAGAGGUCAAAGCGUUUGAGGAACUCGAGCCACGAGCCUUUAGCCCUGAGUUCGUGCAGGGCAUCCAGCCGACGUUUCGCUACCCGCAAGGUGUCAAAGGGCGCACCAAGCUUGAAUUAUUUGACGUGCGUGACGAGGUUUGCUUGCAUGUGAGUGGCUGUCGGCAUGGAGAGAAGGUCAAGUUCGGAGAAGUAAAGGCUGUUGCAAUUGGAGUGAAGCUGGAGGGCAUGGUUCCGACGAUGUUCUUCCGCGUGCUAAAGCCCGUCGCUUCGCCUGGUGCAGGAGUCUUUGAAAAUCUCCACCUCAUGAGGCCACACAUAAAGAGCCUUGGGAUCGAUACUGUUGAGGAAGUCACAGAGGAGAGGUUCCGGCAGGGCUGGGCUCCACCCAAACCGUGCAGGGCGUCCUCUUCGGCCUCGUCCAGCGAGUCUGAUUCUGAGUCCGACGCCUCCUCGCAGAAAUCAGAAUCUUCCUUCAAGGAUCCCAUCGAGCACAGGGCUCAAGUCCAUUCAGAAGAGGAGAUGUUGGGAGAUGCCGUGUUGCUGCGGCUGUCCAGCUGCUCGGCAGCCAUCAAGCAAGUGCUCCUGAACUCGGCAGAGUUGGCCGAGUGCCGGCGUGACGUGGUCGAUGCGAACUGCGAGGAGAAGGCCUCGGAAGCACAGCUGCAGCUUCGCCCAUACCACGUUGUGGCUUUCAAGGGCGACGAGGGCCGGGUGAGGGCUGCUUUGAGCACACUGCCAUGCAGACAGCGGCCGCGGAUUCGCGAGAAAUCCGACCUUGGGCAGCUUGCCUUACAAGCUUAG